AUGGAUCCCCUAUCUGCCAUAGGCGUCGCCUCCGCAAUUGUGGCCUUCGUGGAUUUCUCAUGGAAUCUUAUCACCGGGACUUGGGAGAUCUAUCACUCCCUGGACGGAGUCGCCACUGAAAACGCCCGCCUUGAAGAUGUGACGGACGAUCUGGAGUUGCUUACGCAGGCAUUGGAGGCAGACUUCCCCGUCAAAAUAAAGGCAGAGAAGAAUAUACAACGUCUUGCCAAAGACUGCAGGGAAGAUGCGAAGACCCUCAAAGACUUGCUCGAUGAAAUGAAAGCGCCUGGGAGAAGACGGUUGUUUUGGAAAAGCUUGAACGCGAAGUGGAAAAACAUUCUGAAAAAGGAUGAAGUAGCCCGGCUGAAGUCCCAGCUUCAAGAAAGUCGCGCCGAAAUUCAGCUGAAUCUCACUGCUAUACUAAGGGAAGACCAAUCAGCUAUCGGUCUCCAAAUCACGAGGAUUGAACAAGAUUGCAAUUACUUGAAGACCGAACAAUCAAGACAGCUCAAGAAGCUUCGAGUUGAAUUGCUGGACUUGUUGGAGGAACUCGUCAAAUCCAACCAACAGCCCACUCCGGCGCAGCUUGACAUUUCUCGGCAGCUUCAAGAAAUGCAGUCCUUGAUCACCAUCAUACCAAUGCAACACCGUGUUUUACGUCAUCUCAUACCUGAUGAAAUAGUCUCUCGUCGGGACCAGAUUCUUGAGGCUGACCCCGACACCUGCCGCUGGGUUCUCGAGCCUGUGGAAGGGGACCAGGACUAUCGGAAAGAGGUCCGCAGCCGUUUCACCAGCUGGCUGAGGACUGGCAACAACGUUCUCCAUAUCUCCGGCAACCCGGGAGCAGGCAAGUCCACCCUGAUGAAAUUUAUCGGCGGAAACCCGAGGGCUCGGGAGGAAUUGAGAGCAUGGGCUGGCAACAGACAACUCAUUUUCGGCCAGUUCUACUUCUGGGCUGCUGGCUCAGAUUCACAGCGAAGACUCCCAGGCAUGUUCAGAUCGCUACUUUUCCAAGUCUUGAGUCAACACCCAGGCCUGAUUGAGCACGUGUUCCCUCGCCAGUUCAAACAGAUCAUGACGUCUCGAUUCCAUUUCGAUGCUUCGGUGGAGAAGUUUCAAGAUUUCAGCAGCAAGCAAAUAGAAGAGGCGUUUGAUCUCCUUCUCAACAAGAUAGACAAAUCUGACCAUAGGAUUUGUUUCCUGAUCGACGGCCUUGAUGAGAGCGAAGGUGGGGAUUUGGAUCAUGAGGUCUUGGCGGAGAGAUUGAAGGCUUGGACAACUGGAGAGAAUAUCAAGCUCCUGGUCAGUUCUCGGCCGUGGCGUUCAUUCCUGACAGUAUUCACGGCCCAUCCGACUCUGCACUUGCACGAGCUCAAUCGCUCAGAUAUCAGGACCUACGCCAUCCGCCAGUUGGAGCAGGACCGAGAUGCUCGCCAGAUCGGGGCUUACCUGAUGAAGAAGACCAUUGUAGAUAUCGUUGUGGAGCUCGUUGGCCAGGCGCAAGGCAUUUUUCUCUGGGCACAUCUCGUCAUCGACACUGUGCGACAAGGUAUCCGCCACCGAUACUCUGCCGAUCUGCUCAAAGCGAAAUUGCGAGAGUAUCCCUCCGACCUCGAUGACUUGGACGACGCGUUGCGGGAGCCAAUCGAGAAGAGUCCCAUCGACAGGAAAUUGUCCAACCGUAUGCUUCUCCUUGCCGCCGCUGCACCAAAAGACUUCCCCUUAUUUACCCUGUCAUUUUCCUGGCUGCCUGAGGUUGACGAAUCUGGACUACUGGACCCGAGCUUCCCACCAUCGACAAAGUGUCGGCCAUACUCGGAGCAAGAUCUCGUAGAAAGGUUACAAUGUGUUGCCGAGCGUGUUAAGGGACUGGCAAGAGGCUUGCUUGAGAUUACGGAAGCGCCGAAAAGUCUAUUUGUGCCACCGGAAGUCAGGUUCUGCCACCGGACAGCCCGGGACUACCUGGUCAACAACCCGAAGCGGUACGCGGUCUUGGAAGAGUCUUGGCCAGAUUUUCACCAGUCAGAUCCUUACGGACGCAUCUAUCUGGCAUACCUGAUCUACUCCAGAAUCUCCAAAAGAAAUAUGGAGCUAGACUAUUAUCUGAACAGGUCAUUCUGUCGGAGUUUCAGUCUCGACACUAUCAGCAAGUUUGAAACUCCAUUGCAGCCACUCCUCACUCCUAUGUGGAGAGAUGGUGAUAGUGGGUCCGGUUCUCAAGACAACAGCCAUAAUGAGCCGGUAUCGUUCUUGCAGUACGCAGCUUACUGCAGGCUGGACCCCUUUGUGCUCUCUGAGGUCGGCAAAAUUCCCAGGGUCCACCCACGAACAGCAGGAGCGAACGUCCUCAUCGCCUCCAUGUACUUCGCUUUGAAGAGAAAAGACGAAAACUACGAUUUGGCUUUAGGCUUGCUCCGAAGCUAUGUGACCAAAGACAGCAUGGCUGAAGACGAAAUGGUUGUGGCUCACGUACAAGUGGAUCAUGGCUAUUCGAAAGACCAGGAGAUAUCAUUACCUGUGUGGGUUACUGCUUUGAUCCUCGGUCUUGAGAAUAUUACGAGUGACUUAUCUCAAGGACUACUCGGCGGGAAGGACAGAUGCUGCGUCAACCAUUCGCUUGUGAAGUAA